AUGUUCAAGUCGAAAACAAGCACUUUAAGCUAUGAUGAAACCCCGAACUCCAACGAGGGUGAUCGCAAUGCAACCCCUGUAAAUCCCAAAGAAAAGAGCCAAACGAAACAUUUGAACAUACCAGGCGACAGGAGCCGACAUUCCUCUAUUGCAGAUUCAAAAAGAAGCUCUUCUAGAUAUGAUGGAGGCUACUCUGCCGAUAUAAUUCCUGCUCAAUUAAGGUUCAUUGAUAAUAUAGACUACGGCACGAGGCUGAGAAAAACACUUCACAGAAACUCAGUGGUUUCAAAUGGGUACAAUAAACUCAGUGAGAAUGACCGAUGGUAUUUCGACCUAUUCGAUAGGAAAUAUUUCGAAAACUAUCUCGAAGAACCCACAUAUAUUAAAAUAUUUAAAAAAAAGGAAGGAUUAGAACAGUUUGAUAGAAUGUUCUUAGCUCAAGAGUUGAAAAUUCCCGACGUUUACAAAUCUACAACCUACCAGGGAGAACCUGCAGUUGCUAAUUCAGAGCUAUUCAAGAAUUCAAUAUGCUGCUGUACGUUCAGUCAUGAUGGUAAGUAUAUGGUUAUUGGUUGUAAAGAUGGCUCUUUGCAUCUUUGGAAAGUCAUAAACUCACCAGUUAAGAGAUCCGAAAUGGGACGCUCAGAAAAGUCAGUCAGUGCCUCUAGAGCAAACUCACUAAAGAUUCAAAGACAUUUGGCGAGCAUUAGUUCUCAUAACGGCUCCAUAUCAAGUAAUGAUUUGAAGCCGAGCGACCAGUUUGAAGGACCUUCCAAACAAUUACAUUUAUACGCACCGGUUUUCUAUUCUGAUGUGUUUAGGGUUUUUAUGGAGCACGCUUUAGAUAUUUUGGAUGCAAACUGGUCCAAAAAUGGAUUUCUAAUAACAGCAUCAAUGGACAAAACUGCAAAACUAUGGCACCCUGAGAGGAAAUACUCAUUGAAAACUUUUGUUCACCCAGAUUUUGUUACAUCCGCAAUAUUUUUUCCCAAUGAUGAUCGUUUCAUAAUUACCGGAUGCUUAGAUCACAGGUGUAGACUGUGGUCUAUACUGGACAAUGAGGUUUCUUAUGCCUUUGAUUGCAAAGAUUUGAUAACAUCCCUAACAUUAUCUCCUCCUGGUGGGGAAUAUACAAUUAUCGGUACAUUCAAUGGAUACAUUUAUGUUUUACUGACACAUGGAUUAAAAUUUGUAUCUUCAUUCCAUGUAUCUGAUAAAAGCACUCAAGGAACCACUAAGAAUAGCUUUCAUCCAUCUUCCGAAUAUGGAAAGGUCCAACACGGCCCUCGAAUCACGGGUUUACAAUGCUUCUUUUCUAAGGUGGACAAAAAUUUAAGAUUGAUAGUUACGACAAAUGAUUCAAAAAUUCAAAUCUUUGAUUUAAAUGAAAAAAAACCUUUAGAGCUUUUUAAAGGAUUCCAAAGUGGUUCCUCACGUCAUAGAGGCCAAUUCCUAAUGAUGAAAAAUGAACCUGUAGUUUUCACGGGAAGUGAUGAUCAUUGGUUUUAUACCUGGAAAAUGCAGUCCUUUAAUCUUUCAGCAGAAAUGAAUUGCACUGCUCCGCAUAGAAAGAAACGGCUGAGCGGCAGUAUGAGUUUAAAAGGGCUGUUGAGAAUUGUAUCUAAUAAGAGUACGAAUGAUGAAUGUUUGACAGAAACGUCAAACCAAAGCAGCUCACACACAUUUACCAACUCAUCAAAAAAUGUUCUUCAAACUCAAACUGUUGGUUCUCAAGCUAUCAAAAACAAUCAUUAUAUAUCAUUUCAUGCCCAUAACUCCCCUGUCACAUGUGCUUCCAUUGCUCCCGACGUUGCAAUUAAAAAUUUGUCCUUGUCAAACGAUUUGAUUUUCGAACUGACUUCACAGUACUUCAAAGAAAUGGGCCAAAAUUAUUCAGAAUCUAAGGAAACAUGUGAUAACAAACCUAAUCACCCAGUUACAGAAACAGGAGGAUUCAGCUCAAACCUAUCGAACGUUGUGAAUAAUGUUGGAACCAUUCUAAUAACAACAGACAGUCAAGGUCUAAUCCGUGUUUUCAGAACUGAUAUCUUACCGGAAAUACGAAAAAAAAUAAUAGAAAAGUUCCAUGAAUACAAUUUAUUCCACCUCGAAGCUGCUGGUAAAAUCAACAACCACAACAAUGACAGCAUAUUGGAAAAUAGAAUGGAUGAAAGAAGUUCCACAGAGGAUAAUGAGUUUAGCACAACCCCACCAUCUAACACGCACAAUAGUAGGCCAAGCCACGAUUUUUGUGAGCUGCAUCCUAAUAAUAGCCCGGUGAUUUCCGGCAUGCCAUCAAGAGCUAGUGCUAUUUUCAAGAAUUCGAUCUUUAAUAAAUCCAAUGGAAGUUUUAUAUCCCUAAAGUCAAGAAGUGAAAGUACGAGCUCCACGGUGUUUGGACCGCAUGAUAUUCCGAGAGUUUCUACCACUUAUCCGAAGUUGAAAUGUGACGUCUGCAAUGGAUCUAAUUUUGAAUGUGCUUCCAAAAACCCCAUUGCUGGCGGUGAUAGCGGUUUCACGUGUGCUGAUUGUGGUACAAUCCUCAAUAAUUUCAGAUAG